GCAUCAUGUCUGCAUCGGUGUAUUAGGUUUUCAUCUGAGUGAGGAUUCAAGCUGCGAGGCCUUACACGAGCAGACCUACGCAUACAUGGACUCGAAUGAAGAGAUCUCCGUCCUGCUGACAGGUCCCUCCCCGUGGGCCCUGUGACAUAAGGUGCCGAUAGUUUCAAAGGCCGUCAGGGAGCGUCGAGCCAUCCAUCAUGGCUAGUACCUCCAAUCGCCCCAAUGCCAAUGGACUAGCCUCCGUGCUCCAGUAUAUAACCCUCUUAGACCAAGAUGAUAUCGAGGAUCUCCAGUCUCAUACAGGCCCGAGCGUUGAUGUCGUACUGAGCGACGAGGAGCUGGCGAGACUCCUAUUCGCCCAGGAAGCUUCAUCUUUACUGAAUAUCUCGAAGGAUUAUGCCUCUGGCUCUUCGACCGAGGGGAGAUCACUGCUGGAGGAGCUGACUGCCAUGGAGGAGAUGGCUCGCUUUGAUCAUGAGAUGGCUGUGGCUCUCUCCGAAGGGCGUCCUCUUCCUACUCGAGGAGAUCUCACUCCUGCCUUGGGGAAUACGCCAGUACCCGUCGGAGUUGCUAGUGAACAAGCGAGCGCUGACGCGACCGCGGAGGAGGAGCUCAAUACUCCAGAGCCUGAUACUCCUGCGGACUCUCCUAGUAAUGCGACUACAGAUUUGCCAUCCCCUCCGGAAAACGUUAUUCCCAUCCCUCUCAUCGACUGUGCCGUAUGCGGUGAACCCAUUGCAGACACCGUUGUCGUUAUGCCUUGCGGACACGAGGUCGACAACGGUUGUCUUCAGAUUAUGUUCCGCAAAGCUGCGGAGGACGAGUCCUUGUUCCCACCCACAUGUUGCCGCACAGAGCUGCCUCUCAACGACUUCCGCAAAUAUCUCAGUACCGAGCUCGUGACGUUGUACGAGUCUAAAUCACUCGAGUUUCGGACGAAAAAUCGAGUGUACUGUAGCCGGCCGUCAUGCUCUCGGUUCUUGACCCCCGCAGUAGACGAGCCUUACUCCAUCGAGUGCCAAGUCUGUCGCACACGAACAUGUGGUGCUUGCAAAGAGCAGGCACAUAUCGGUCGACCUUGCGACAGACGUGACGACUCGGAGGUGUUGGGGCUCGCUAAGAAGGAGGGUUGGCAACGAUGUUAUUCCUGCCGCCAUCUCGUCGAACUUACUCAAGGCUGUUACCAUAUGAUUUGCCUUUGCAAAGCGCAAUUCUGCUAUUUAUGCGCCACGCCUUGGAGAGAAUGCACUUGUCCUCAAUUCGCGGAGGAACGACUUUGACUGAUGCAUAUUUCAUGACUGCCUCUGAUCGUUAUGGUUAUAAGAACACUUCAGUUCUUCAGAGCGUACGUGCGUCCUCUAUGUAGUAUCGGUUUCAAUCCAGUGUUGGAAAAUAUGGCGACUUUCAAUGUAAAUCAUGCCCGAACAG